GGAAAAACCUCUCUCUAUAUCACCGCAACCCCCGAGUUUUUUCACCUGACAUUUCAGUUCUUAGCAUUUGUUGGAAAUCAUCUGAAGAUCAUGGGAAGACUCUAGUGGUUCUGAUGUUCUCAAAAGGAUCAGUUGUGGAGGAUGGGCCAGAUUCAAGGCCAGUUCGUACAAGUGAUAGGCUCAAGAGUAGGCCAAGGCAUCAUAAUCGCCACAUGUAUUAUACUCCAAAUAUUGUUAUGCGGAGUCAGAAAAAGAAGCCAAAGAAGAGAGCUUCAUCUGCACAUUUGGCGAAGUUUUUCCAAAAGGAAAGAAACGCAAAAGAAAACUCAGCGGAUGGCAAUCUUAGGCGGUCUACCAGGAAGCGGAGGAUGCCCAUGAAUCUUGAGGAAUACACUGAUAGUUCUGGAACAGAGGAUAAUGACUUGAUGGUGUCUCCAGUGCCUAGGUAUCGAAGAUCUAGCAACAGAAUAAACAAUAACAUUGCAAGCCAAGAUGAAUUGACACCUCGUCGUGAAGGGCUAAGACCUCGUCGUGAAGGACUACGGCCUCGACGUUCCAGAGGAGGUUCUAGAAAAGCAUUGCGCAUAGAAUCCGAUGAGGAACAAAGCACAUCUGACGAAAAGGAGGUAAAUGACGAACCAGAUAAUGCUAAAGAUGUUGACGAUAAUGAUGCUGAUGAUGGAGAGGGGGAAGCGGAGGUUGCGGGUGAGGAGGAUGGUGAAGAUGAAGAAGAAGAUGGUGAUGAUGAAGAGGGGGAAGAGCAAGAGGGUACAAGGCGAUAUGAUCUCCGCAAUCGAGCAGAAGUCCGCAGACUCUCGAUAGAGCAGAGUAAACAAAUGCCAAGAUCUCCACGUAGAGUACUUCAUCAAGGAAUGGGUUCUAAAGCAGGCAGGGAUUCAAGGAGGGGCUCACGAGUUCAUAAACGUCAUCGAAUGACUCGAGCUGACGACUCUGAUGAUUCACUUCUAGUAGAUGAGCUUGAUCAAGGUCCUCCAAUACCAUGGGGAAGAGGUGGCAGCAGAUCAGCUGCGCCUUGGUUGUUUGGAGGGCUAGACAUGCAAGGGACUGCGUCAUUGGGGUUAAAUAUUGCUGCAUCUGGUUGGGGUCAUCAAAAUGAUGCACUUUCUAAUUUAUCUUCUGGUAUUCAAACUGCUGGUCCAAGCUCCAAAGGAGGGGCUGACAUUCAGCCCAUUCAAAUUGAUGGGUCUGUAAGUUUUGAUGAUAUAGGUGGUUUGUCUGGGUAUAUUGAUGCCUUGAAGGAAAUGGUAUUCUUUCCACUGUUAUAUCCAGACUUCUUCGCAAGUUACAAUAUUACUCCACCCAGGGGGGUCUUAUUAUGUGGUCCUCCUGGCACGGGGAAAACAUUGAUUGCCAGAGCAUUGGCGUGUGCUGCUUCAAAGGCUGGACAGAAAGUCAGUUUUUAUAUGCGUAAGGGGGCUGAUGUCUUGAGCAAAUGGGUUGGGGAAGCUGAAAGACAAUUGAAAUUGUUAUUUGAAGAAGCUCAAAAGAAUCAGCCCUCAAUCAUCUUCUUCGAUGAGAUUGAUGGGCUGGCACCUGUUCGGUCUAGCAAGCAAGAGCAGAUUCAUAAUUCAAUCGUGUCAACUCUGCUUGCCCUAAUGGAUGGUCUUGAUUCUCGCGGACAAGUAGUCUUGAUUGGUGCCACCAACAGAGUUGAUGCUAUUGAUGGAGCCUUGAGGCGCCCUGGGAGAUUUGACCGUGAGUUCAACUUUCCCUUGCCUGGCUGUGAAGCACGUGCUGAAAUUCUGGAAAUACAUACCCGUAAGUGGAAGGAGGCCCCUUCGAAGGAGCUAAAACUGGAACUUGCAGCUAGUUGUGUAGGAUACUGUGGUGCUGAUUUAAAAGCUCUAUGCACUGAAGCUGCAAUACGUGCUUUUCGGGAAAGAUAUCCCCAAGUCUAUACAAGUGAUGACAAAUUCGUGAUAGAUGUUGAUUCUGUGAAGGUGGAAAAGAAUCACUUUCUAGAGGCCAUGACAACAAUCACCCCUGCUGCACACAGAGGCUCCAUUGUGAACUCGAGGCCAUUAUCACCUGUUGUUUAUCCAUGUCUGCAACAACUUCUGGAAAAGGCUAUGAGUAUCAUUUGUGACAUAUUCCCUGUUGUUUCAUCAGAUGUAACAAAGCUCUCAAUGCUUUCCUAUGGAUCCGCAAUUUCCCUUGUCUAUAGGCCGAGGCUUUUAUUGUGUGGUGACGAUGGUGUUGGGCUGGAUCAUCUUGGGCCUGCAGUUUUACAUGAACUCGAGAAGUUUCCUGUUCACUCUCUUGCUCUGCCAUCUUUACUUUCUGAUCCUGGAGCUAAAACUCCAGAGGAAGCUUUGGUGCAUAUAUUUGGUGAAGCCAGGAGAGCUACGCCAUCUAUACUAUAUUUGCCUCAAUUCCACCUUUGGUGGGAGAGUGCACAUGACCAACUCAAGGCUGUAAUGCGAACGUUAUUGGAAGAAUUACCUUCGGGUUUGCCCAUAUUACUAUUGGGAACAUCUUCUAUCCCGCUUGCUGAGAUAUAUGAUAGUCCCUCAAUAUUUUCCGACCACCAUGUUUUGCAUUUAAGCUCACCAUCAAAAGAAGACAGAUCAUUAUUUUUUGAUCGUCUGAUAGAAGCAGCAUUGUCAGUUCAAACUGAGGUGACGACAUCAGCUACAUCUAAGGGCCUUCCUGAACUUCCAAAGGCACCAAAAGUGGCUACUGGACCUAAGAUCUCUGAGCUGAAGGCUAAAGCCGAAGCACAGGGCCAUGGUCUUCGUCGACUACGGAUGUGCCUUCGAGAUGUUUGCAAUCGGUGAGAAUUGAUAUAUACCUGAUUAACUGCUGGUUUCCAUGUCAAAUUCAUAUCUACAUCAUUUCAUGAUUGUCUCAAAAGCUUUCCGGAUUCUGACUCCUUUAUAUAUCUUGGCCACAUGACUUCUGAGAAGUCUUUUCUAGUU